GGCGGAGACCAGACUGAGAACACAGGUUUCCCUGAGUCUCAGCACAGAGAGAGGGCAGGAGAUUGGAGACCUCGAACCUCACUUGGGCAUUCAUUCUCAGUCCACGAUGGUGUGGUCCCCACUGUUCCUUGGCCUCGUGGUCUUGUCUGUCUUCCCAGGGCCUGGCAGGACUGAUCGGGCCAUGCCCAAGCUGGCUGACCGGAAGCUGUGUGCUGAUGAGGAGUGCAGCCAUCCUAUCUCCAUGGCUGUGGCCCUCCAGGAUUACGUGGCCCCUGAUUGCCGCUUCUUGACCAUAUACAGGGGCCAGGUGGUGUAUGUCUUCUCCAAGCUGAAGGGCCGUGGGCGGCUCUUCUGGGGAGGCAGUGUUCAGGGAGAUUAUUAUGGAGACCAGGCUGCCCGCCUGGGCUAUUUCCCCAGUAGCAUUGUGCGGGAGGACCUCACUCUGAAACCUGGCAAAAAUGAUAUGAAGACAGAUAAAUGGGAUUUCUACUGCCAGUGAGCUCAGGGACAGCUCCCUGCGGUUUACCUUUCCGGCUCUAUGCAAAAUGCAAAUACAACAACCAACUGCAAACUGUUUUGUCUCUUUGGUUUUUGGGGAUGGGUGGAGAUUUACAGAGAUUGUGUAGACGGAUUUAUAUUUCUUAGGUUCCUGAAUCUAGCCAGUAAAUGUCUUGAAUGUGGUUACAUCAGUGGUUGCUAGGCAGCUUCACUUUGUAAGCCCUUUGCCCCAAGGUAAGGUCUAGCUAGGAGCGCCCCGACUCCAGCAAGGGAAUAAACAUUGCAAUAUACGCAUGCCAUCA